AAAAAAAAAAAAAUUGAAUCACCCAAGAGACUAUGCUUUAUAUGCAUGUGGAUUUAUAUGCAUUCAAAAGCAUUAUCUUUGGCAUUUUCAUACUUUGUCAUUUUGUCAGCAGCUUCCACUGGUCUGGUUAUAAAUGUGAAUCCACAAUCCAGGGAUGACACUGAGGGUAAUAACAUGCCAACUAACUUUAAGCUUCUGCCACAGCAGUCACAUCCUCAGGCCAUGAAAGAUCCAUUGCAUGUAUACAUUUUGUACAGUUUAUCUUUGAAUAAAACAUUUGGAGCGAGUAGAUGAUGGUGAUGCUGAAGGUGACCACAGAACAAAGAAUCCAAUUAUUACAGAGUCGAGAAAUAUCAGUGUAUCUGUGUGUAAUAUUUAAUUUCUUUAUAUUUGUUUUUUACCUUGCAGAUGUAUGUUUGCACAGAAAGAAAAUGCUUAAAUCAGUUAAGAAAAUAUGCAAUGAUAUGAGAAAGAGGAGGAGGAACAGACAAAGCUUUGGUGAGGAAGGAGGGAGGGAGGGAGGAAGGGAGGAGAGUGACGGUGAUGUAGGGGGUGUCGAUGAUUGUUUCUCAUAUUUCAAGAGUGGUCCCGCAGACAGAUCUUCACAUCAGACUACAGGGUACUCUGGACUCUGUGUGUCUGUCACUGGAGGGUGGGAGGGCUUCCUGCAACUCAUCAUAGCUUUACCAGUUCCUCUCAUCUUUUUUUCUGUCUUUAUCUUCAUCUCCUGUCUCACUGCCACUGUCUCUUACUGCAUUUUUUUUCCUUCUGUUUUUACUAACAUCUUUGCCUUGAUGUGGGUCUGAGUCUAACUUCUCACAAAACGGUCUGCGUAAAUAUGGUCAGCAUCAGUUUGCGGCACACAGAGGAACAUCAGCACAACUGGAGUUAAAUCGACCAAACUGUAAACUGGAGGAGCUUUCACCUGUCCUUUUUCAAAGCUACCGGCAUUUCACUCCCAAAGACUGUGAACCCCUCCAUGCUGACAGAGAGAGUCCCUGUCGGCCUGAUGUCCUCGGUUGUAGCCCCGGAGAAACCCACCUCCAACACCAUGGGCCCCAAAGAGGUGGAGCUGAUCCUUGUAAAGGAGCAGAACGGGGUCCAGUUCACCUCGACCACUUUAGUGGCUCCGACCCCGACUCAGACCAACCCCAGCGGGGAGGAGGAGAGGGAAACCUGGGGGAAGAAAAUCGACUUCCUCCUGUCCGUCAUCGGAUUCGCUGUGGACCUCGCCAACGUAUGGAGAUUCCCCUACCUUUGCUACAAGAACGGAGGAGGUGCGUUCCUGGUUCCAUACCUGUUCUUCAUGGUGAUAGCAGGCAUGCCUCUUUUCUACAUGGAGCUGGCUCUGGGACAGUACAACAGAGAGGGGGCAGCAGGGGUCUGGAAGAUCUGUCCCAUAUUUAAAGGUGUUGGCUUUACAGUGAUCCUCAUUUCCCUCUACGUUGGUUUCUACUAUAACGUCAUCAUCUCCUGGGCGCUGUUCUACCUCUUCUCCUCGUUCACCGGCGAGCUACCCUGGGUCCACUGCAACAACACCUGGAACAGCCCAAACUGCUCUGACUGGGCUGACAACAGCUCAGUCAGUGACAUUUACAAGGCUACCCCUGCUCAGGAGUACUUUGAACGAGGGGUGCUCCACAUCCAGGAUAGUAAUGGUAUUGAUGACCUGGGUCGUCCACGCUGGCAGUUGACUUCCUGUCUAGCUGUGGUAAUUGUUCUACUCUACUUCAGUCUCUGGAAGGGAGUCAAGACCUCUGGCAAGGUUGUGUGGAUAACAGCCACCAUGCCCUACGUGGUCCUGACUGUUCUGCUGCUCCGCGGAGUCACUCUGCCUGGAGCCAUUGAUGGCAUUAAGGCCUACCUCUCCGUGGACUUCCUGAGACUCUGUGACGCCAAGGUCUGGAUUGAGGCAGCGACCCAGAUCUGUUUCUCACUGGGAGUGGGGUUUGGUGUGCUAAUUGCCUUUUCCAGCUACAACAAAUUCAGCAACAACUGUUACAGAGAUGCCAUCAUCACCAGCUCCAUCAACUCUUUAACCAGUUUCUUCUCUGGCUUUGUGGUCUUCUCCUUCCUUGGCUACAUGUCCUAUAAACACAAUGUGGCCUUGGACAAAGUUGCCAGAGAUGGUGCUGGAUUAGUGUUUGUCAUUUACCCAGAAGCCAUUGCAACAUUACCUGGGUCAUCAGUGUGGGCAGUUAUCUUCUUCAUCAUGUUGUUGACACUGGGUAUUGACAGUGCUAUGGGUGGGAUGGAGUCAGUGAUCACUGGGCUGAUUGAUGAAUUCAAAUUCCUCCACAAACACAGAGAGCUGUUCACCCUCUUCAUUGUUGUUGCCACCUUUCUAAUAUCCCUCUUCUGUGUUACAAAUGGUGGGAUGUAUGUGUUUACUCUGCUGGACCACUUUGCAGCAGGAACAUCGAUUCUCUUUGGAGUGCUUAUUGAAGCCAUUGGCAUCGCAUGGUUCUAUGGAGUGGAUCGUUUCAGUGAUGACAUUGAGGAGAUGAUUGGCCAGCGACCGGGCAGGUACUGGAGGCUGUGCUGGAAGUUUGUCAGCCCCUGCUUCCUCCUGUUUAUGGUGGUGGUGAGCUUUGCCACAUUCAACCCUCCAAACUACGGCUCCUACAUGUUCCCUCCGUGGGCUAACAUGGUGGGGUGGUGUCUGGCCAUUUCCUCAAUGACCAUGGUGCCUCUCUAUGCCAUCUACAAACUCUGCACACUGCCUGGGAAAUUUUGCGAUAGACUGGCUUAUGCCAUCACCCCAGAGACAGAGCAUCAUUUGGUAGACAACGGGGAGGUUCGGCAGUUCACUCUGCAUCACUGGUUGGUGGUCUGAGAGCUACAGUGAGAGAGACAGAGAGAGAGAGUGAGUGAAAGAGUAACAGAGAGAGUGAAAGAAUGAGAGAGAAAAUGAGAGUAUGGAUAUUGGGUGGAUGAAUGAAAGCACAGCAAAGGCCUGAAGAGCUAAGAUGAAGAGAGAAAUAGCCAUUUAAAUUGAUCCUGGUGAUAGGUGCGGUGGCGGUGGUGGUGGUAGUAGUUUAAAAGUGCCGACAAGAAAAAAAAAAAAAACCCAUAGAAAAUGUAGUGUUCUUUAAUUUCAGCAGUGGAUGUGUGAAGCUGUGCAUUGACCCUCUCCACCAUUGCAUUGACAUUGGUGUAUGGGAUUCAGUCAAACAGGUCAUGUGGUGUUUUCAGCCUGUUACUUCCAUAUAAAUACAGAAAUCACCUUGAAGAUACACUCUGCCAUGUACCUUUUAGCCUGCUGGUUAUCUUUAUUUAGCACUUGUAACAGUGUGAGAAACAUUCUCAGAAUUUCCUGCAUUACCCAUUCAUAACAAGGUGCAAUGACAGCUGCAGGUCAAAGGAUACAGAAUAAUUUACUUUAUAUUGCGUCAAGUGCACAGUGAAAUUUUGUUGAUGUACAUGGGGUGUAGAUGUUGAGGUGCUACACACAAGAAUAGGAAGAUUUUUUUUUCCCUAAAUGCAUUGUCUGCUUUGGCAAUAAGCAUUUUUUACAUUCAUUUCUGUUUGUUUUGUUUUAUUUUUUUCAUUUUUAAUUAGCUAAUCACAUUAGCAAUAGGCACAAGUUUAUUAUUUAUUAUUAAGUUUCAUAUUGUUAUUCUGCAUUAAAACUGAACUUUACAGUCAGACAUGUAUUGAAUGCCACAUGCGUUACUGAAUCCCAGUCAGUUUCUUGUAAUUAUUUAUUAACUUAAUCUUUUUAAAGACUGUUAUGAUGUUAUGUCACAGAUCUCUGUAGGCUUUAAAAAUAAAGACACUCAACUUUUGUUUACUAAACAUUUACCAGAGCUUUCUUAGAGCUAAGCUUCUUUUUUAUCCCAUAAACACAAAAGGGACUCAUCGGUUACAAAUCAAUAGAAUUGAUUGUCUGAAAAUAAAAGUCAUCUCCUCUUACUGUGUUCCUGCUUUUAGUUAUGUUUGAUGGACCAACAGAAACACAAUCUGACACAUCCAUUGUUUGUUUAUUCUAACACUGUUGUUGUAAAUGAUAAUUGCAGGGUUUCUAAAAAAAAUACUAGAACAAAACCUGCUUGUCAUCAGUGCAGUUUAAAAUUCCUUAUAAAAUGUGGUGCAUAUAAUCAGACUGAAAUAGUUUGAACCACAGAGUUACAUCAACUUAAUAAGUGAACAAAAAACUUCACUCAACUUCCUAAUAAAUAUCAUUGACAUGCUAAAAAAAACAAACAGCAUCAUCAGCCACACUGCUGAUUUAAUCAACCAAAGACUAAAAUGAACUCAGACACUCAGAUAUCGCUUCCUCACAUGAGAAUAUUUUGCAGAGGCAGUUUCUUUUUUGAUUAGUAGACCACUUGAUUGUUAACUCUAUCAUACCAGGUUAAUCCCCAUUACGACAAAAUAGUGCCAUUGCAAAUGUUUUUUUGUUUGUUUGUUUGUUUGUUUGUUUUUUUUACUUAAUUAGACAGUUGAUGCCCCUUUUCCCUUCAAAGUUUCAGGUGGUGGCUAGGGAGCUAUGACUGUCAUGUUUCACCUCCAUAAAGCAUAAAGCUUUAAGUUUACCGUUUACAGAAUCUUAUUCAGUAAUUCAAGACUGUUUAAAAAGCUGCUUUUUAUUGAACUGCAAAUGAAUAGUGUGUAAUGUAAUAUAAGAAGUCAUUUAAGUUAUAUAUCUGUGUCAGUAAAUGUAAUGUAGAGGGGCUUGUAUCGUAUUGUAUUGUAUGAAAUUAAAUAACAAGACCAAGAAGAUUAUACAUAUGGAUUAUUGCUUUGUUACUGUGAAGUUGAUACAUAUUAGCCUUAAGAAUCUUGAUGAGAAUUACAUGGAAAAUUCAUAGAAACCUUCUUCUCACAAAACUCUUUCAGAAACCAGAAACCAUGAAACCCUUUUCAGACGGGUCAGCAGUGACUUGUUCUCACCUUGUGGUACAUGUAACACACUGAAGGGUUAAUUAUGUCCCCAAUUGUAUGCCUGUGCUGCUGUUCUGUGCCUUGUGGUGUUUCUGACUGUAUGACUUUGUUUUGUACUGUCAAAUAAAGUAUAAAUAAUUAAAUUA